AUGGGUUGCUACCUGCUGCUGCUGCUCCUGGGAUUAGCAGGCCAAGGCUCAGCUGACAGUCAUCCUGAGGUUCUACAGGCAGCGGUGGGGUCAUCCAUUCUAGUGCAGUGCCACUACCGGCUCCAGGAUGUGAGGGCUCGUAAGGUGUGGUGCCGGUUCGUGCAGGAAGGCUGCCGCCCACUAGUGACCUCAGCGGUGGACCGAAGAGCUCCAGGAAGCGGGCGCAUAUUCCUCACUGACAUGGGUGGGGGACUCCUGCAGGUGGAAAUGGUGAGCCUGCAGGAGGAGGACACAGGGAAGUAUGGUUGUGUGGUGGAGGGAGCCGCCGGACCCCAGACCCCGCAUAACAUCUCGCUGCUGGUGCUUCCACCAGUUCCUGGCCCAGGAGACGGGGAGGAAGCAGAGGAAGAGGAAGAAACCUAUAGAACCAGAGCCGGAAGUCAGCUCGAGGACCCCUCCUUGGACCCUUCCGCGAGUGCUGGUCCUCACGAGUUCAGGCGGCGUGAGAACAGUAUCCCCCUGAUCUGGGGUGGGGCGCUCCUGCUGGGCCUGCUGGUGGUGGCUGUGGUGCUGUUUGCUGUGAUGGCCAGAAAGAAAGGGAACAAGCUUGGUGUCUGUGGCCCUUCCCAGAGCACCGGAAUUUCAGGCAUGGCUCUUCUCUUGAUCCACCAUCAAGGAAACCCCCAGCCCCACCCCCAGAGCCUCCUCUGCCUCCUAAGGUUCUGACGUCCUCCAAGCCUGUGACAUACGCCACAGUUGUCUUCCCAGGAAGGGGCAAAGGUGAAAAAGCGUCCUGUGAGCCGGCUCAGGAUCUACCAAACAGUCAAACUCCACCCAGUAAAUGAUACUCCUUAGUUUAUACUCUUGGGAUCACCCCUGGAGAAUUCUCGGCAGCCUGUCCAACUAGCUCUGCCUUUUAUGCCCAGAGUAUGUCAGCAACCGGUGACUUGGGGCUCUGAUCUAGUAUCUUGGUUUGGUGGACAUAGGAAGUGGUGCUCAGUUAUGAUUGAGGUGUUUGGGGGAAGAAUUCUUUCCUGCUGCUUCCUGGUGCUGGAUCUGCUGUCAUUACAUCUUGGGCUAAAUAAACCCAGAGGAUGUGGAAGCUC